AUGCCAGAGGACAUGGUGGGACACUCCGAUUCAGAUUGGUUCAGAAUUCUUCUGGAGAAGACGCACCUCAUCCCAAGAAACAAGGAGUUUCCAGCAGGACUGUGCAGGGUGAGAUCCCUGCAGAAUCCUCAGCGGAAAAAAUUAUCCUGGUGUUACUGUGGACAUUGCCAUGCCUUUUUGGCUGUGCUUGAAAAAAAGAAGAAGUCAUCUGUGCUUUUAGGCAGGAGUAUCUUUCAAAAACACACCCCACCUUUCCAGCAGAACUACCAGGCCUUGCUGGAGACGUGCUUGAAGAACAAAUGCCUGUUCACAGAUGACAGCUUCCCUGCUCACAUCAGCUCUAUUGGAAUGGGAGCACUGCUAAAGAAACUACCCCAAAAUUUACUGAGGAGGCCACAUGCUUUGCACAGAAGUCCGGUAUUUUAUGCUGCAAACAGAAAGCAGCUUGAUCUCUGCCAAGGACUGGUGGAGAACUGCUGGUUCCUGGUGGCCCUGGAAGCCCUGACAUUCCACCAGCACAUCUUGGCUGCAGUUGUACCACAAAACCAGAGCUUUGAGAAGAAAUAUGCUGGCAUUUUCCACUUCUGGUUCUAGCACUUUGGUGAAUGGGUUGACGUGGUGGUUGACAAUCGUCUGCCAGUGAAUGAGGCGGGGAAGCUGGUCUUUGUUUCCUUGGUCUAUAAGAACGUGUUCUGGGGAGCCCUUCUGGAGAAGGCAUAUGCUAAACUCUAUGGCUUCUAUGAGGAUCUGCAGAUUGGGCAAGUUUCAGAAGCCCUGGUGAAUUUUACAGGUGGUGUUAAUAUAAGGAUCAAGAUUGCAGCAGCUCCUCCUGAUCUGUGGGAUAUCCUGACAAGAGCAACCUACGGCAGGUCUCUCAUGGGCUGUCAGAUACAUUUAGGGGCAACAAAGGUCCUGAAGAAUGGGUUUGUUGCUGGCCAUGCCUACACAGUAACUGAUAUUAGAAAGGUGACCUGUCAAGAUGGACCAGAAAACCUAGUUAGACUGAGAAAUCCAUGGGGAAAAAUUGAGUGGAAAGGAGACUGGAGUGACAGCUCUUAUAAAUGGGAGCUGUCGAGCCCAAAGUAGAAGAUUUUGCUGAGGAAAAAGGAGGAGGAUGGAGAAUUCUGGAUGUCUCUGAGAGAUUUUAAGAUUAAUUUUGUAGAUCUGAUGAUCUGUAAAUUAACUCCAGACCUGAUGAGCCAGGAAGAUGGGAAGAAGUGGAUGUAUUCCCUGAAGAGUAGGAGAUGGGUUAAAGGAAGUAUAGCAGGAGGAAGUCUGUGAUUCUGUAAUGGCAGCUUUUGGAUGAACCUUCAGUACUGGCUGAAUGUUUUACCAGUUGAAGAUAGUAAAAGCCUGGGUUCCUGCAAUGUGGUUAUAUCCCUGAUGCAGAAACACAGCUGCAAACACCAGAGCUGAGCUCCUCACCUUUUCAUUGGAUUUUCACUCUACAAGGUGGACCUACAGUACCAGAAAAGCAACAGAAGGCUGCCCCCAGCUUUCUUCGCUCAACAUCAGCCUGUGAACAAGAACCAGGUCUUCUUUGAUGAACGGGAAGUGACUCAUGACUUCCACCUGGAGCCUGGUGUCUAUGUGAUUGUCCCAUCCACCCUGGAGCCUCAUCAGGAGUCUGAAUUUAUCCUACAGGUCUUCUCCAGGGAGCAUGUUCUUCAGGAAAUGGGUGUGAACACCAGUUUCACUCUCUCUAAGAAACCUGAAAUAAAUGCUGUUCAGCUCCAGAGGAUCCUGAAUAAUAUAUCUUGGAGGAAUUUCCAGAGUUUUCACCUAAGUUUCAGUCUGGAUGCCUGCCAGAGUAUCUUGGCGGUUCUGGAUCUGAAUGCCUCUGGCACGCUGAGUAUCCAGGAAUUCAGAGUCCUGUGGAAAAGGCUGCUUUUCUAUUUGGUAUGA